UUUGGUUUUGCACUAAACCUGAAAAUAGAAAUAACCAGACAACGAAAUUCCCACCGACUGUAUAAUUUUCGCGCAAAUCCGCUUCCCAAUGGACUUCCCAUACACGUUUCUAUAAUUAAUUUUCCCGGGAAAAUUAACCGUGACUGUGAAAUCUCUCAGCACCAUAGAGCACUCGCAAUUUUCCACCUAAUCCCCAAUACACGACGAACUUCUCAGUUCUCUCUCUAGGGUUUCUCUCUCUAACCCUUCUCCCCAUCUCCACCUAAAUCUCUCUGUAAUUAUAUAUGGACAAUCCCACGACACCAUCACUAGAAAACCAAUCAGCAGCACUCAGGACGUCGUCUUCAUUGUCAUCGCCAUUGUCAUUAUCGUCUUCUUCUUCGCAGCUCAAUCUUCCUUCAACGACGUCACGAACCUCUCUCUAUGUAGAACCCUCAACCCCAUCUAGCCACAUAGAUCGAAUGGUGGGUCUAGGUUACCACCCAUCCCCUUCGCGCACCAUCUACAGCGAUCGCUUCAUUCCGAGCCGAUCCGGAUCAAAUUUUGCCCUCUUCGACAUCCCACAGCCCUCGAAUUCGUCUUCCGACGGUCGUGAGGACUCGUCCGGUGCGUAUGCCUCGUUAUUGCGGACCGCAUUGUUCGGUCCCGACUCGGGUAUUGCUCCUCCAGCGACACCCGACAAGGGGGUGGGAUUUAAUGGGAGGACUUUGCCGAUUGGAUCGCCCACUCGGAAUAUUUUCCGGUACAAGACUGAGACUCGGCUGCCUAUGCACUCUUUAGCACCUCUGGGGUUCGAUGAUCAGUUGCCCGGGGUUAGUCAUAGCCCCGUUAAAGCUCCGAGGAAGGUUCCAAGGUCUCCUUAUAAGGUUUUGGAUGCACCUGCAUUGCAAGAUGAUUUUUAUCUGAACCUUGUUGACUGGUCUUCCCAUAAUGUGUUGGCUGUGGGGCUGGGCAACUGUGUUUAUUUAUGGAAUGCUUGCAGUAGCAAGGUGACAAAAUUGUGUGACUUGGGGAUGGAUGACAGUGUCUGCUCAGUUGGUUGGGCUCAGCGUGGAACACAUCUUGCUGUUGGAACUAGCAACGGCAAACUCCAGAUUUGGGAUGCAUCUCGCUGUAGGAGGGUAAGAACUAUGGAGGGCCAUCGAUUACGUGUCGGGGCACUAGCCUGGAGUUCAUCCCUCUUGUCUUCAGGUAGCCGGGACAAAACUAUUCUUCAACGAGAUAUACGUGCUCAGGAAGAUUAUGUUAGUAAACUAACUGGACACAAGUCAGAGGUUUGUGGAUUGAAGUGGUCUUAUGAUAACCGCGAGUUAGCAUCCGGCGGAAAUGAUAAUCGACUUUUUGUUUGGAAUCAACAUUCAACUCAACCUGUGCUGAAAUACUGUGAGCAUACUGCCGCUGUAAAAGCAAUUGCAUGGUCUCCCCAUCUUCAUGGGCUUCUAGCUUCUGGUGGUGGUACCGCUGACCGGUGCAUUCGGUUUUGGAACACGACUACUAACUCACACUUGAGCUGCAUGGACACAGGAAGCCAGGUAUGCAAUCUUGUGUGGUCUAAAAAUGUCAACGAACUCGUCAGCACCCAUGGAUACUCCCAAAACCAAAUAAUAGUUUGGAGAUAUCCUACAAUGUCAAAGUUGGCAACUCUCACGGGUCAUACAUAUAGAGUUCUUUACCUUGCUAUCUCUCCGGAUGGACAGACUAUUGUCACAGGAGCUGGAGAUGAAACACUUAGAUUCUGGAAUGUGUUCCCUUCUCCCAAAUCUCAGAAUACUGACAGCGAAAUUGGAGCGUCAUCGCUUGGAAGAACUCAAAUCCGGUGAACUAUGCUACAGGCCUUCGGCUUAUCGACUUGGUUGAAGUUAUUUGUUGGGCUGGAACAAGGAGAAGGUGGUGGCCCAAGGAAAAGGGGUAAAGAAGAAAGAAGCUUUACCAAAUUGGUUUGAAUGGAUCCAUCCAUUGAAAAUUUGCGAGAGGUUAAUGGAAGGUUUUGAAGAUUACCUCUUUGAUAGAUUUAUAGAUUUAUAGAGGGAUGUGUUAUAAAUACUCUAUAACUACUCCCUUGCAUUGUGUAAUUAGAAAAAAGAUGGUAAUGAUGUUUGAAAUUUCAAGAUAUAUGUUUUUUUUGUGAUAAUAUUUGUAAAUAAACUAUUAAUCUUAAAUAAAAAUUCUAAUUCUUAGACGCAA